AAGUUAGCUAGCCAUCAUGCUCAGGGUAGGAAAGCUCAAGAUCAAAUCUAACGUCGAAAUAAUAAUCAUAUAGAUAUAAAAACAGUCUUGUGGGCUUGCACUCGAGAUAAAUGUGAUGUAUCUAGCAGCAGGCUACCGUUUGGGGCUCAUUCCGUGAGUGCAGAUGUUAUUAGCUGGGUGAUAUUAGCUGCCUCCACAUUGUUUACACGGCGUGCUAAACUCGGAUGAGGUCGCGAGAUGUGUCGCAGAUGUGAAACCAAACAAUGUACGUGAGGAUGAUGGCCACGGUCCCCAUGUCUAGCUCCAGCCUCCUUCCUCUCCUCGGGACUCUGGAGGACAAUGCAGCCGGUGUGUCCGAGCAGACUGAUGCCUACCUUACCAUAGCCAAUCGGCUCAGUGGAGAAGAUGGACGUCAGUUCUUUCCUUUAAUCGUUAAACAUUUUUCACGCCUGGGAAAAGCUUUUCAGACUCACAUAUCCAGCCAGAACGAGGAGCUGAGCCAGGCUGCACUUCAAGCGCUAGGUUUCUGCGUAUUUAACACAAACAUUGUAUCUGGCAUUCCAGCAAAUUUUGCAGAGGAGAUCUUGUUGGCCCUUUGUGCCCUGGUGUUAAAGUCCACAGACAAGAACACCUGCACACGAGCAUUAUGGGUCAUUUCAAAGCAGAACUUUCCUGCAGAAGUUGUUGCCAAGAAGACUCCAGAAAUACUGAAGACUCUAGAGGCUCUGCAGAAAAAGAACAUCCAGUCAGUCCUGACUGACCACGAGUCGUUAAAUGUUGUUAUAAAGCUGCUUGAGCAGGCUCCUGUUCUGAUGGGUGAAGGAGCAGUCUUGUGGAUUAAGAUAGUUAUACCUCUGGUGGUUCACCCAGCCUCGAAGGUGCGCUUGCGUGCGGCUGCAGCGUUGGAGAUGGGAAUGCCUCAUCUUCUGGAGAAACAACAGGAGGUGGCUGCCAUUGUAGAGCCCAUGAUGUCUUCUAAACUUAUACCUGAGAUGCAGAAACUCUUCUCCACCAAGAAUGAGAGCAAUGUGCUGAAGCUCUGGCCUUUAUUUGUAAAGCUUCUGGGCAAGUUGCUCCAUAAAGGAGGUGCCUUCAUAAACUCACUGCUCUAUUUAGAAGAGCUGGGCUUCCGCAGCUCCUCUCCCAGUAUUAAGAAAAUUGCCUUUAUAGCGUGGAAGAGUCUUAUUGACAACUUUGCUCUUAAUCCAGAUAUUCUCUGUAGCAGCAAGCGACUAAAACUGCUCAUGCAGCCCCUCAGCUCCAUCCUUGUGAGGACUGAAGCCUUGCUGCUAACCAAAUUAGAGGUCUGGUGGUAUCUGGUGGUCAAACUGGGGCCUAAUCUGUCUGCUAACUUUGAACAGAUUGGUGUACCACUGCUGCUUAGCACACUUCCUCCAGACGCCUCAUUGGUUCCUCCAGCCACUCCUGCGAGAAGCACAAGCCAGAGUAAUGGUGUUGGACUAGUGACUCCUAAACCAGGUGUUCCCUCAUGUAGCAGUCCAGGUGCUAGCUCUCGUCUGAGUCUUAACAGCAGCGUGAGCAUCCCGCAGUCCUACACCUCCAUCCAGCUGCUGGGGCUAGAGAUGCUGCUGCACUACUUUCUAGGCUCACAGGCCAGUGCUGCUGCAGCCAAGAACAGUCUGCAGCUCAGUCUUGAGCCUUUGACGCACAGUCUUCUCAGCAGCCACUCUUUCUUCAGCAAGCACUCCUCCACACUCAUUACAGCUGUGAGAGAUGGCUUCAUCUCUGUGGGCAAAGAUGCUCCAGAAGCGUUGCUGAGUUUGAUAUGGACCAGCCUUGUUGGCCAUGUCAAUACUACAAUAGAAGCUACUGGCAAUAAGAAGGAGAGACAAGGUUCUGAAGUACUUACUCUCCUGCUGCAGGCCCUGCAGUCUAUUGUGUCUUCUGAAGCCUUGCCAGCUCCACGGGCUCUGGCUUUGUUGGAAGCUACUGUGAAAGCUUUACCUCAGAAGGUGCUUGGGUCUGCAGCAUAUCAAGUGGCCAACAUGGAUGUCUUGAAUGGUACCCCAGCUCUUUUCUUGAUUCUCCUGUUCUACAAGAGCAGUAUGCUGUCAUCAUUUGUGACUGAUGAAAGGUUUUUUGUGUGCUUGGAAACCCUCGUCAGUUGUGGUCUCUGCGGGCCAACAUCCCCCCUGGCCUUUGGAGAGUCGGUUUUGGGAACGGUCAGUGGCAGUGUGGAGGCUGUGGAAAACAAAGAGCAUUUGUGGAGAAUGUGGAGUGUAGUUGUGAACCCUUUAACUGAUACCAUUACACAGACAAAUGAGGUGAAUCAAGGAGAUGCCCUGGAGCAUAAUUUCAGUGCAAUUCAUAGUGCCUUGAUGUUUCCCAUUACGCAUCUUUUGUCUGGCUCCAGUCUUCCCCAGAUGACUCAGAAGACCAUGCUGAGCACUUGGUCUCGACUAUACAAGGCUUUUGCUCUCUGCUCAGCUCUCGUGGCCACAGCAGAAGAGAAUGUGUGCUGUGAAGAGUUGUGUGCCAGGAUAUCUGCUGCACUGGAUGGUGAAGCCCUGAAGAGUUUGUCCACUCUUGACGCAGUGGUAAAUAUCUUGCUGUCCAUUAUUGAAAAUGUGGACUUCUCUCCAUUUACACCUCAGUUUCAGCAGAAGAUGAAAUCCCCUCACACACCACUUGGUUGGGUUCGAAAGAGGAACAAAGCUCUGGGAAAUCUUUCACACUUUCAUGUGCUCUUGGUGUGGUCUUUAGAAGUUUUCCUAACUUUGGCCUCUUCAGAAGAGAACAGUGCAGUUUUAAGUGGCAUUUGUGCAAUGCUUUCCUCCAUUAUAUCUCUUCUCUUCACAAACAUUGCACUACCCACCGUUAUCCAAGAGUCAUUGGCUUCCCUCACCAAACCUCUUGCACUUCUUUAUGGUCAAGUAGGCAGUUCAGAAGGUGAACAGUCAAAGACGCACUCUGUGCUAGGAUCUAAGUUGGAAAAGCUGGUAGGAGAUGUGCUCGGCACCCUGCAAACGCGUUCUGCACUGCAGUACGAUGAUGAGCUGCUGGAGAUUUUGUCUCCUUUGCUCUGUGUACUUUUCCAACACAAGAACAAACAAGUCCGCUCUGUCGUCACUCAGUUCUGGAACGCCACUUUUGGAAAUGCUGUUGUGCUGACGUAUCCUGAGAGUCUCAGGCCUGUUUUAAGCCAAGCUAAGCAGAAGUCUCCCUUAAUUUUACCUGGUUUUCAAGGAGUUGAAACCUCUGAGGAUUUCAGCGGACAGUCUUCAAGUGAGUGUUCUCAACUUGACACCAAAAUCAGUGGGAUGAUGGUGACAUCAGUGGGAAAGAGAGACUCCUUACUAACCCGGGCAGCGGAGCUAAAGGAAAGAAGCUCUGAAACACCCUCCAAGCCUGUAUCUGUAAAGCUGGAUUUUGGGUCUCCAAAGCCACCACGAAAAGAAGUUCUUGAGGAGGAGGCAUCAGUAGAUUUUGUCUUCAUUCCACCUGAAACAAAGGAGAGAGUGUUGACUGAACAUCAGAAGGAGGUUAAAAGAACUAAAAGGGUUGAUAUACCUGCUAUGUAUAAUAAUUUGGAUGCGUCUUUGGAUACCACAGUCUUUACACAGUACACUCAGAGCCAGGAGGAAUCCUUGGACAAAUUGUCAACACAGGAACAAGCUGAGACCAAAGAAAUUAAUGUCGCUGAACCAAAGGAUUUAAAGGAUGAGGCAUCAUCUGUAAGCAAUGAUCAGAAGGUGCAAGAUAGCAUCAGUCCAGACAUAGUUGCACAAGACAAAGCAACAAAUGAAGCUGACCAAACUACUGAGGUUCCACCUUCUGCGGAUGUCUCCGCUUCAGAUGCUGGUCAACUUCAGGAUUUUGCAAGCCCUAAAGGGACCCAAAGCCCAAACACAUCCGGUUCGUCUGAUGUUAUCUCUGGUACUCCACCAAAGUCUAGCAGCCGACGUCAGUCCUUCAUCACCCUUGAGAAAUAUGGAGAGGGUAGGCCAGCUCGUUCCCCAAGUGUUAAAAAAUUUACCGGCCCGCUCUCUAGGAUUUCUAGUAGUCAGGAGCCUCCAAAGUCACAAACUGAUUCAAAAUUGCUUCCACUCACCUCUUACUCGGAGACAGAAAUUGGUAAAGAUGUCCCUCAGGAAUCUGCUACUGAUAUUAUCCAGGAUUCUACUAAUCAGACUGUUGGACAAAAUCUGGAAAUGAAGACAGAGUUAAAAUCAGUAGCCGAAUGCCCAAGUGAAGGCACAGAUGAUGUGAUCCCAGACACCCAGGGCCAAGAGCUGAAUGAGGAAGUUGAUACGAGUAACAAGUCUUUGGACAAAUCCAGUGUGGAGAUGAAAACUGAAAUUGCCUCCCCUGUUGAAGGGUCUGAGGUUUCUGUUGCUUCUCAGGCUUCAAGUCCGGUUGAACCGAGGAGGUCCGGUCGACGCAGAAGUAGACCUGUCCUGCCAGGGGAAGAGUCAGAUCAGGAAUCAAAAAGUAAGCAGCCAAAAAAGGCUCCUGUUAAUGCAUCUUCACCUUCAAAUGAUGCACAAAAGUCUACACCUGCCAAGAAAACAGACAUUUUGCCUACAAGAACCAGAAGAAGUAAAGUCCAUGAAGAGAAGCUGAAUGAAAGUGGCAAACUGCAGAACAGUGAACAUAAAGAUGAACAGAAGGAUUCAGAAGUACCAUCUCUGGCUCCCACUACGAGUUCAUUGCAUGGCAGAAGUAGAAGUAGGAGUAAGGAGGCUAACGAGACAGAGCCUUCAGUUGAAAAACAUUCUCCUUCAAGUCAAAUGGAUGAUAAGGACUCUCCUCUUAAUCAGUCAGAUAGUCAGUCACACAGCAGGCCUGUCCGAUGGACCAGAGCAACCAAUGCAAAUGUAGAUGCUUCAGAUAAAAGGCCAAGAGUUGAGAACUCUCAGGGAGAUUCUCCAGCUGGCAUAUCCAAACAGGUGGACAGUUCUGCACCUGAUGCUGAUAGCCAGUCGCCUGGCAGACCAAGAAGAGCAAGGAGGUCUGAAGCAGCUGACGCACAAAACAAAGAUAAAACUGGGCUUGGAAAUGAACAAGUGAGUGACCUGAGUCAUGCACAGACACCAACACCUGUAAAAGGCAAAUUAGGUAGGCGGAAGAGGGCUGAAGAAGAGACAAGUAACAUCAGUAAAGGCACUACUCCCUCAGAUUCGGUGAAUUCUGAAUGCUCACAGGGUAAUGAGAUUGAGUCACAGGACAGUUCUCAAGGGCGUGGCAAAUAUAGAACUCGUCGGUCAUCUCAAGCCUUGCUGGCAUCUGUUGAGAACUUGGAACCUGAUGGGCCUGAUAUCCGAGAUGGACAAAGAUCUAAAAGGGCUAGAGGGCAUAAAUCAUCUGAAAUGAUGCCAAGCACAGUGAUUAAUGAAAAUGCUCCUGGAGUUAUGUUGGGUAAGGAAGAUGUGGAUAUCCCUUCCAUUCCAAUGGACACGUGUAAGAAUGAGUCGGAGGCCUGUUUAGGUGUCGGCACACUGAAUGAGGUUCAAGACGCUCACAAAGCUGAUGACAAAGAUGAGGCCCCUGUAGCUGAAGACCAAGCAAGUGAACAUUGCAUUUCUGAUGUAAAAUCAACUGAUGGUGAGCAACAAAGUGACAAAGACUCGAACAUGCAAACAGAUUCUGAUAAGGAGUCGUCUGUUAACGCUGUUCUGGAAGAGAGUGCUGUUGAGAAAGAAACCCUUCCUUCACAGAACAGCCUACAGCAACCUGCAAAAGUUGAGUUAAAGGCUCCAAAAUUGCAUUCGUGUCCACAUAGAAGUCGUCGUGGGCGCAGGCGCUCUACUAAUUGUAACUGUCUCCAAGUUGGCAGCACACCUUCAAAAGAACAGUGCAGUAAUUCUCAAGAUGUACAGGAUCUAAAGGAAAACGAGGUUCUGCUUGAAUCCAGUAGCCUGCCACCUGAACCCGACUUGAACAGUAUUGCAUCCGUCUUACCGGAAAAAGAAAGUGUGGCACUUCAAGAUGAUGGUCAUGAUGUUACUAAUGUACAGUGUUCUCCAUCUUUGCCUAGCUUGACAGAAGCAGAGGUGUCCACUGAAAGCUUAGUGGAAAAGCAAAAUGAAAGUCUUUCCCAGUUCUCUGAUGCAAAUGAAGGUACAACCCAGGCAGAGGAACGCCACAAAAACAAUGUAGAUGACACUGAGGAUAAGCAUGAGGAAAAGGAACAAAUUUCUUCAGAAAGCACAUUUAGCCAGGAGCAACCGCAGGAAGGUCCAGGUGAACCAGGUGCCUCUCCAAGCCAUAGCCAACCUGUGGAGGAUAAGCCAGUAUACCAGGAACAGUCUGAAUCGCCUGUCAGUCAGGAGGAAAUGGCUCACACUGGUGAAAAAAUUGAGAUGCCAGAAAAGCAGGAACUUGUGCCUGAACUAGAUGGUGCGGUUACGGCGCUUCCAGAGGGUACUGAAUUAGACAAGACCUCUCAUGAAGAAGGAGAUGAUGGCGAAAUAACACAGAUCGACAAAGAUCUUCAAUCUGAGACGGCUCUACCUUGUGAAGCAUCUGUACCUCCACAAACGGCUUCAGAGGAAGCAUGCUUGGACUCCCCACCCAAAGAGAAGUCUUCAGAUUCUCUUUGUAGAAAUACAGAAGCGAGGCAGAGUCCCAGUAAUAGUGUAACACGUGGUGUAUGGUCACCAUCGGCUUCUCCAUCUACAAGCAUUCUGAAGAAAGGACAGAAGAGGCAAUUUGAAGAAGAUUCUCCGUCACCUAUCAUUAAGUCUCGCAGAGUGUCCUUCGCAAACCCGAUAUACCAACAGGAAUUGGCUGAUGAUAUUGACCGCCGUAGUCCAGUAAUCCGGACCAGCUCUCCGAAAUCAAAAGCUGUUGGGCAGCCUAAGUAUAUUACAACACCUACAAAAGGUCUGUUGACCCUCAGCCCUCGCAAUCUUCGCAGUCCGGGUUACAAGAGUUCAAAGAAAUGCCUGAUCUCAGAAAUGAGUCAGGAGCCUCAGCCCAUUCCAAAGGAUUGUGUUUAUCCUGCUCUUGUCUGCUGUUCUACUCCUGUGGAGGCUGUUCUUCCCCAGAUUUCUUCCUCAAUGUGGCCUCGAGGCUUUGGUCAGCUUGUGCGUGCUAGAAAUAUAAAAACAGUUGGAGAUCUGAGUGCUCUAUCCCCAAAUGAAAUCAAGUUGCUCCCUAUUCGCUCACCUAAAGUGUCGAAUCUCAAAAAAGCAUUGAAAACGUAUCAUGAGCAGCAGCGCAAAGUGCGGCCAGAUGAUCUGAAAAGUUUUGAUGAAAUGGAAAAAAUGACCUCUGAGCCUGAGGAGACUACUGCAGCUCCAAAUCAAGAGCAGGACCAAACACCUGGAGAUGGACAAGAAGUCAUCUCAUCAACUGUAGAGCAGAAACAAGAAGAGCCAGUGCCUGUGGAGCUACUAUCAGAUGUUGCUGCUCUGGGAUCACGUCUAACCCAUGAGGAGCUCAGUCGCUGUUCGCCAAGAGAACUGGGUCUGCUGCAUGAAGAACUUGGUGGCAUGAUGAGAAGUAUUGUGAAUCAUCUUCAGUCACGUUUAGUCAGCAAUCUUGAGGACAGUUUGUCAUGAUGGCAACCAGCCUUCUACAUGGAUCAUGCCUCAUUGACUGACUGGUUUUUAACAUGAUUAUGAGCAGUGGACUACUUUUGUUUUUAGUGAUCGUUUUAGCUGUGGGUUAUCUUAUUAUCCAGACUGAUUGGACUGGUCUGCAAAUACCUGCUUGGACAGUAAUAGCUUGUACCAUAUUCAUAUCCUAUGAGAGCAUUAUAUGGAUAGAUGGGCCUUGCUUAGCCUUUUAUUGGCGCUGCUUAAAGAAAAUCGUGUAGACCAGAAUGCAGUUGGCACUUUUAGUAUAACUUUUGUUUUGUUUAAAUAAAGGAAUGAAGAUGAGUGGUGUUUUUACCUGGGAAUUUACCAUAUGAUCGAUGCCUUGGUGCAUUGUUUCUUAGAGCAGAGUUAUGGAACGUUGAUUAUUUGUAGGUCACAUGACUAUCCUUGAUGCAUCCUCCAUUUCGAACCCAUGUUUUUUUUGGUUCACAUCAGUCUGUAUUGUUCUUUUUUUUAAUUUUUUUUUAUAUAUAUAUAAAAAAGACUGCCAGUGAAUAAUGUAGAAUUCCAGUUUACAAAUAAAUUGUGUUCAUGCAGCCUGUGAUUUGAGGACAUGAUCUUUAGUCUGUAGAAAUUUGUAAAAUCUACAAUGUGAAAAGAGCAUUAAAUCACUGUGGUAGUGUGACCAACUCUUGUUUUCAGUCACUGGCAGCCUUAUUUAGGAUCAUUAGCAUUUUUAUUUAGAGUUGUAUAUUCAUAGCAAACCAAAAUUCAUGCACUUCAUCUUAUUUCACUGAUAUCUUCUGUUAUCAGUACUUUUUUUUAAUUAUUGUUAACUAUUCAUUUAAUCAUUUCAUACAUGGUCUUACUACAAGGACAGUUCAGGAAGUGGUGUCUUUGUUUUUAAAGGGAUAUUUAAAAGUCGAAAUGCAUGUGGCUGCAUGCAGUGUUGUGGAAUAAAACCAUCUAAAAACCUGAAUAUAUUUAAAUAAUUUAUGCAUCAAAGAAAUUAAUUUACAUAAGGCUACAUAUUCAGGACAAGACACAGAUAUACUGCAGAAGCGUGGUGUGCUUUAUUCACUACUGAGCCAAAAUAUGACUCUAACCCUAGACUUAGGGAACUGGAAGAAACAAAACACACAUGCAACUUGUGACCAGUCUUCAGCAAAGGAGGGAAGAGGCUUGUUUCUUGGAACUCUUCAGGAUACAGUUUUGUAUGUGGGGAACUCAUGUUCUGUCCUUACAAGUUUGUAUACGUUUUCUUUUCCUUAAUUACAGUUUGAUGUCUUUCUUUGUAUCUCA